AUGUAAUCACUAAGUAAAACAUGUUUACACUGUUAUGGUGUGUUACACAGGUGAGCGACCUAGGGCCAUUUUGGCCCGCUUGUUAUACUUCUUAUCAGUAAUUUUAGGCAAUGAACUGAAAAGCACGAGAAUUGUUACUCAUUCUUGAAUAUAGAUAAAAUUAUCUCCCAGAUGGAAUAUAAAAGUUGCAGUGAGUAGUAGUGAGUGUUAUUACUACCAAUAUCACCUUUUCUAACAAGGCCUUUAUAGUGCAAGAAAUCCGUGCAUAAAAAGGCCGAAUUGUGCACCUGUGAAAAGCACGAAACUUGGCACAGUAGUAGAUAAACAUAAAACGCUCCAUUUAAGCCUGGGAAGCGGUUGGUGGAAAUCAAAUAUGGUCAGAGAAGUUUGUAGUUCAGCCAACUUGAAGUUAACUUUCUACAGGAAAUUUGUGAGAUUCAGCCAAGUUAAUUAAAAUAUAUCUCUACAGGGAAGUUUGUGAUUCAGCCAAGUUAAUUAAAAAAUCAAAAUUUAUUUCCGGUGCCCUCCACGUUGGGUAAUUUGUGUUCAGAAACAAAGUCGGAUCUAUCGUCAACACACGAGAAUCCGUCUACAAGUGACAUACCAACUGAAGCAUAGCUAAUGCAGAGUUAUUAGAUGGGGCUGCAGAUUUGAACUCCUUCUGAAGCGUUCAUGGAGUAUUCAAUAUAGGAACUUCAACCAUAAUGUAAAGGUUCUUCCAAGAAUUCUGAAUAAGUGUGACAGCAUUUGGUACAUCUACUUGCAAGAUAUUCUUAAAGCUAGUUGUGUUCAGAGUCCAUUCUUCUGCUGUGAAAAAGGGAAGUAACCUGCACUUCCCUUCAAAACAACAUGGAGUUUAGUACAUAUGGCAUCUGCGAUUUCCCAGGAUAAACCAUUACAAAGUAUCUCGUCGCGACUCCAGACCCUGUCGUCAAAACUAAGGCGUGAUCCCGAUAUCCAAAUGCAAAUAAAAUGCAUUUCAAAGAAUGCUGCAACCACAGCUGAAUCUUUUAAAUCUGCUUUAAGCAAAGAGGGCGGUAACAUUUUGCUACAGAAAACAUUACUUUUGACUGGAAACUCAGGCGAAGCAAACAUUACUGAUUUGCAGAGUGCCUUAAAAGUUGGGAAGGAGGCGUUGUGUGUAACGAGGAAAAAUAUCACUUGUAUCCAAACGAACAUUCGUAAUACCGGUGAUAUAUGUAGUACACGUAUAGCGGGUUACGAGUCCGACCUUUCGGCCGUGCUAACUAAAAUUUCCAGCGCAAGUGCGGAAAUUGAUAAUCUCUGGGCUAAUAUUUCAACAUACGAGGACGAAGCAGCUGCAGCAUCGUCAGAAGCAUUCGACUUACAGGAAAGGGCUGCAUUUAAGAAAAAAGCUGCGGAACAAGCCAGACACAAUGCUAAUUUAAUAGGUAUUGUUGGUGGACUAGUUGGAACUGCGCUAGCCCCUUUUACAGGAGGACAGAGCUUGGCUAUGGCAUCAGCAGCCACAAAUUUGAAAGAGUCAGAUCUUGAAAAAGAAACAGAUGAGAUGGAGAAAAAUGCAAGUCGUCUGUAUAAUGAAGCAGAAAAGUACUCAAGAGAGGCCAGGAAGCUGAAAUUACAAAAAUCAGAGUUAAAGAGAAAAAGAGCAAUCCUGGAUGCAGAAAUGGGACACAUUCAAAUAGGCAUAGACAGUGUGAAAGACGCUGCUAAUGUCCUGCGGCAGGUUUCAAGUUUCCUACUUCCUACUUUUAAUACCAUGGAUAGUCUUCUUCAGGCUUUUCAGGACAUGGAUACAGCUUUAGAUGACGUCUGUCAACAGAGUAAUCCCUACGACAUAAUUAAAAAUGCAUUUGCCAUACACCCUAAAACGAAAGACGGAUGUUCGCAGUUGUAUUUAAAGAAAGUUGGGGACAAGUGGAAGCAACUUGAAGCACUGCUGUUACAGCAUGGUGUGCAGAGCUUGUAGACCGACACUGUCGUAAUGUCAAUUACACGACCGAAUAAGUUCAGCAAAGUUUCAUUAAAUUUUCUGAAAAAAAUCCUUUAAGGAAAAAAGCCUUCCUUCUCGGGCGACAUCAUUGUGACAUGAAACCUGCUGCGGACUUCCAUAUAUGGCUAAUCAAACGAAAUAAUACCGAAGCAGACUCCUUACAGCACGGAAGUUUUUUUUAAAUGAAUAUCACAUCCAAAAUAACAUUCCACUUUCUUCUGAUUCAGUCUUAAUUUUUCCAAAUAUCUGUUCAAAACACAUUUGUUUGCUAUCAAAUUUGAAGUAAAGUCUAUAUUAAAACUUGUCAGUAACAUGUUUACAAAUAGAUAAGACUCCUAAAAAGCUAACUGAACGUUUUAAAAUAUUAAUGCUAAGACAGAUAAACAGCAAAAGACUGAUUCUCACAACUUUGUCCAACUUAUGUCUUUCCUGUGGCAUCAGUAUAAUAUAUCUUCCUGACAAAAAGUAACUUUUUAUUUGUUUUACUUGGAUAAUAAAAAUAUUAAACAAACUA